GAGAAGGAGGGUGUGCAGUGGGAGGCGAAGGAGGAGGAGGAGGAGGAGGAGGAGGAGGAGGAGGAAGGCGAGAAGGAGGAGGAGGACGACCACAUGGAGUACUGCCGCGUGUGCAAGGACGGCGGGGAGCUGCUCUGCUGCGACGCCUGCGUCUCCUCCUACCACAUCCACUGCCUGAACCCCCCCCUGCCUGAGGUGCCCAACGGAGAGUGGCUCUGCCCCCGGUGCACGUGCCCAGUGCUGAAGGGCCGUGUCCAGAAGAUCCUGUACUGGCGAUGGGGGGAGCCGCCCCCCCCCGUGGCCCCCCCCGGAGCUCCCCCCCCCGAGGGGCCCCCCCAAGCGCUCCAGGGCCGCUCCGAGCGGGAAUUCUUCGUCAAGUGGGUCGGGCUCUCCUAUUGGCACUGCUCCUGGAUCAAGGAGCUGCAGCUGGAGAUCUUCCACCUGGUGAUGUACCGCAACUACCAGCGCAAGAACGACAUGGACGAGCCCCCCCCCCUGGACUACGGCUCCGGGGACGACGACCCCAAAAGCGAGAAGAGGGGGGGAGGGGGGGGCGGCGGGGGGGGGGACCCCCUCUUUGGGGGCAUGGAGGAGCGCUUCUACCGCUACGGCAUCAAGCCCGAGUGGAUGACGGUGCACCGCAUCAUCAACCACAGCGUGGACCGCAAGGGGCAGUACCAUUACCUGGUCAAGUGGCGGGACCUGUCCUACGACCAGGCCACGUGGGAGGAGGACGAGAUGCCCAUCCCUGACUACGACCUCCACAAGCUGGCCUAUUGGAAGCACCGGGAGGUGUUCAUGGGGGAGGACCCAGCCCAGCCCCGGCGCUACAAGAAGAAGAAGAAGGAGACGCCGGGAGAGGGACCCCCUGACUCGCCCACCAAUGACCCCACAGUGAAGUACGAGUCGCAGCCCCGGUUCAUCACGGCCACGGGGGGGACCCUGCACCUCUACCAGCUCGAAGGCCUCAACUGGCUCCGCUUCUCCUGGGCCCAGAGCACCGACACUAUCCUGGCCGAUGAGAUGGGGCUGGGCAAGACCAUCCAGACCAUUGUCUUCCUCUACUCGCUCUACAAGGAGGGCCACACCAAGGGCCCGUUCCUCGUCAGCGCCCCGCUCUCCACCAUCAUCAACUGGGAGCGGGAGUUCCAGAUGUGGGCGCCCGCCUUCUACGUGGUCACCUACACCGGGGACAAGGACAGCCGGGCCAUCAUCCGCGAGAACGAGUUCUCCUUCGACGACAACGCCAUGAAGGGGGGCAAGAAGGCCUUCAAGAUGAAGCGGGAGGCGCAGGUGAAGUUCCACGUGCUGCUCACCUCCUACGAGCUCAUCACCAUCGACCAGGCGGCGCUGGGCUCCAUCCGCUGGGCCUGCCUCGUCGUGGACGAGGCCCAUCGGCUCAAGAACAACCAGUCCAAGUUCUUCCGGGUGCUGAACGGGUACAAGAUCGAGCACAAGCUGCUGCUGACGGGGACCCCGCUGCAGAACAACCUGGAGGAGCUCUUCCACCUCCUCAACUUCCUCACGCCCGAGCGCUUCAAGUAUGGGUGCCCAUGGGUGCCUAUGGGUGCCUGUGG